UCAAAGAGGCCGCAGACGCAGGCCAACUUGCUCCCGACCACCAUGAAGUACAAGAGCAUGCUGCUCCCCAAGGACCCCCUGCUGGCUCUGCCCACGGAACUCGUCUGCCAGAUCCUGGAGUACCUCGAUGUCAGCGAUCUGCUCACCUGCAGCCUGGUUACUAGACACAUGCGCCGUGUGAUCUUGCACUCUGCGCCCCUGCAGUACUCGAUCGAGCUCGCGAAGUCCCGCAUGGCGUCUACGCCCUCUGCGUCGGCGCUCUCUACAGCCUCCCGCCUCGACAUGUUACGGACCCGCGAGCAGGCAUGGCGCGGCCUCAGAUGGUCUGCGCGUCACCGAAUUACACUACCACCCACUGGCCCGAUCUACGAGUUCAUCGGAGGCAUAUACGGCAACGGGCAGGAGGACGACAACCGGGUGACCUCCACCGUCUCCUUCUUCGAGCUCCCGACGCAAGUGAAGGGGAGGACGAUGCCUGCGCACCCGCGCGUCUGGACCCACCCGAUGGGCACGUUGUCGAUCGUAGAUUUUACGUUGGACCCGACGCACGACUUGCUUGCCCUUGUUGCGUCGGCGAGUCCCCCGUCAAAUUACCUAUACGAGAUACACUUGCGCUCGCUCUCCACGAACGAGCCGCAUCCGAUGGCACAACAACCUAUCCUAAGCUGCCUCAAGCGCCCCAAUGGGAACCACAUGGUCUUUGAGAGCGCUGGGGCAGUGCGUAUACAAGUCUCUGGCGACCAGAUCGCCCUCCUUUUGCGCCAGACCCCGAGCAUGGGCUCCCACCUGAAUAUCUGGAACUGGAAGCGCGGCGCGGAUCGACAUAUCUCCUUCUCCGUCACCGACGGCAUCGAAGACUUCACCUUUCUCUCCGACAAGGCCUUCCUGCUUGUCCGCCCGAAGGGCUCCUUCGAGACCUACACCUUCGAUCUCGACCUCCCCCACACUCCCCCACCGCCACUACAACCCGGCACGCAUACAUCCACCACCCCUUCCGGCGACCCCGAGCUCCGGGCUACGUACCUCUUUCCGCCCCUCAACAUCCACCACACUUAUUGGUACAUCACGAUGAGCAGCAAUCCGUCCGCAGGCUAUCGACCCGCCGCGGAUGCGCCACACACUUCCAACUCAUCCUCGGCUUCCGCCCAUCCUCCGUGGAAGUCAUCCUCGGCCACCAAGCCAGACGCGCCCCCUCAGCAAGCGCCUGCAUUCGAACAAAUACCGAUCGACAGUCUUGCCUCGCCGUACAUCAUCCCGCCCUCCGACUCCUCUCCCUUUAUCAUCCCACCAGAGUCCAGCCCCUUCACUCGUUCCGCUUCGCCCUCACCUGCCGACGAGGCCGCCUCACGAUCCUACUACCCGCGCCCGGACGACCGCAUACACUCGUGUUGCGUGUAUACGACGUCGAUGUUCCCUGUCUUGGAGGUGCUCGCACCCAACCAAGCCGCCGCUCAGGCCAUCGCUGCUGGGAAUAUCAACCUCCCCGCCGGCGCAGCGAACGCGAACGGCGGCGGACCCGCGAACGCAGGCGCUGCCGGGCAACCCAACGUCAACGGCCCAGCACCCGCCAACCCCAACCCAGCCCCCGAGCCACCUGGCGCCCACCGCCAGCACGUCCACUCCUUCGUCUUCUUCGUCAACCUUCGCUUCUUCCUGCGUGACCUGCAGGAGAUGGACGCUGAGCGCGAGAGGGAGCUCGCGGAGGCGCGGGCGCGCGAGGAGUGGGAGAGGCAGGCAGCGGCAAGACGGCAAGCCGCGGAGGCGAAGGCGCGGGCGGAGUAUGCACGGGGGGAGGAGGUGAAGCGGCUGAGGCGGGCGAGGGAGACGCGGAAGAUGGAGGUGGACGCGAGCAGGAGGGAGACCGACGCGGGCAGAAGGCAGGGAGUGGAGGAAAAGAGGGUGAAGGUGGGGAAGACCCGUGGGAGGGCGGACAGGCUGCACGCGCUCAGGACGGCUAGGGUGGAGAGGCAGAGGGAGUGGCGUCGAAUUCAACUGGAGUCGGCAGACGGACUUGCGAGUGUGGCGAGGGCUGAUUCGCCGAUGAGAGAGGAUAGUCCUUCGUCAACGGUGGCGGAGGCGUCGACUUCAAGACCGUCCUCCUCGGCAUCGGCUCAUGCUUCGUUGUCUUCGACAUCGGCGCAAGCUCCAUCGUCAUCAGUGUCGGCGAUCUCUCCGCGUUCGAGGGCAUUAUUACGACCACCCACGCCUCCUUGGAUGUCGACGGCGCAGUGGACGCCACCGCCAACACCAGUUCCCGCAGCUGCAGCGCCGUCAGCGGGCCCUUCUUCGGCCAUCGACUCGCUCGCGAUGUUGGCGGACGUCGCUAUAGCCUCAACGGCGACAGACGUGUCGCCCUCCAAUGCGGCAGAUCCGCCAUCGCCUUUCCUCACAUCAACGGGCAUACAUCCAGCACCUGCUCACCCUAUGCAUUGGCCGGCUCACGACACUCCUCAACCUUUCGCUUGGCCCAUACAGCCAUCAUUGCCGCCACCAACGUUGCCGACGAUGCCCCAGGCGCUUUUCGCCACGAUGCCGCAGACUUUGCUGCCGCAAUCGCAGUCGUUCCAUACUGCGCCAGCGACCCUGCACCCAGUACCACCGGUACUGCCACCCCUGGCUUCUCUGCCGUCAACGACGUUCGGUCAACCCACUGAUUCAAUCCAUCUGCCGCCUCCGCAGGCCCAUACGCACGUCCAGCCCGUUAGGCCGGUGAUGCUGCCACCUGCCUUCGCCCCCGCGCCCGCCCACGGACUCCCGCCACCUCAUCUGCUCACUUUACGCCCUUUGUCCGUCCCCGCUCGCAAGCGCAGACCCCGCGUCUACGCCUGGAGUUCCUGGGGCCCACCGAACACGCGCUGGUUCCGCGAAUGCCUCAGCACGGAUUGGCAGCACGCGAUCUACGGGCUACGCGCGAUCGACAGCGUACGCAUUCAGCCCGUAACGAACGGUCCUGCGUUCCCCGACCCAGCGACGUUCGCCCUCGAGGAUCAUGCGACGCCGCCCUCGCUGAGGCGAAGAGGGAUGGAGAUCGUACCCCCGGAUGUGGAGGAUGAUCUGGCGGUACUGCAGGGGCUGGAUCAGCCGAGGAAGCUGAAGCAUUUGCGUUUGCGCGACUUCAAUCCGUAUUUCGUGAACUAUCCGGAGCUGGCGGAGGGAGAUUGGGGGUUAGAUGUGGUGGCGGGCGACAGCCAGUCGCGACCCCGUUGGCGUGCGGCGCGUGUGGUGAAGGACCCGUCGUAUACGUCGUCGCGGGGCGUGUUUAGGGAGGAUGUGAGGAGUGAGCUGCCGUAUGUGGAGGUGAUUAGCGAGGAGGCGUUCGAUGUUACGGACGUUAUGAUGGACGACUGUAGGAUAUUGUUGUUGACGAUUCAAGGCCAGCGUGGCGGACUGAAUAAGCUUAAGGGGAUCGACGUGUUGACGAUGUAGGUAGAUUGAUGGAUAUAUGGGUGGGUGGUCUAGUGUUACAAUGUAAGGGAAAGCAAGGGGAGGAUGUGAAGAAGGUCCGUGGUGCAAUUGUAUAUCUCGCGCUGUAGCCUUCGUCAAGCGCUCGCAAAUCUUCCACGACC